GUUCGCGGUUAAACCGCCUUCAAUUUAAGCAGAAGCUUGUAUCCUCAUCAAAACAAAUUUCCACUACAGAACUAUGCAAGCGGUUAAAGAGUUUAUUUGGAGAAAUUUCAAGAAUAGAUCAAGAAGAAAUUGAAAUAGAUUCUCUGAGGAGUAUAACUCGCGACCUUAUACAUCCUAGUCUAAUUAAACAUAAAGACAAAGGAAUAAAAGCAUAUGCUUCGUGUUGCAUAUCUGAUUUACUAAGACUUUACGCACCUGAUGCGCCAUACACCGGAAGUGAACUAAAAGUUAUAUUUGAUCUAUUUGUCCGUCAACUCCAAAAUAUCGGAAAUAUCAGUGGCCCUUACUUUGAUCUCUAUUUUCAUCUACUUGAAAAUUUGGCCAGGGUAAAGAUAGUUCUGUUGAUACUGGAUCUCCAAAGUCACGAAGAACUUUUGGUAGAUUUGUUUCGCAACAUAUUUGACGUUGUCAGACCUGAGAUGUCAAGCAUCGUUCAUUCACACAUGGUGGAUAUUCUUGCUCAAUUGAUAAAUGAAAGCCACGAAGCACUUCCUCAAGAAGUUAUUGAAAUAAUACUUGCGCAGUUUUUAAAAAAGCGAAAAGAUGAGAAUCCUGCGGCCUAUAAGUUGGCAGGAGAAGUUUGUAAUGCAUCAACGGAGAAACUUCAAAGAUAUAUUUGUCAAUAUUUCACAGAUGUGAUCGUCGCCGCUGGUAAAGCUGGAGCACCUGCAGAGGAAUUGAAUGAUUUUAAAAUUGCUCAUGACCUAAUCAAGGAGUUGAAUCGAACGGCACCCGGAUUGUUACUUAACGUUAUACCGCAAUUAGAAGAGGAAUUAAAGUUGGAUGAUCUGAAUCUGCGUAUGCUUGCCACUCAAGUCCUUGGGGAGAUGUUUUCUGAAAAGAAUUCUACUCUGGCUAGUCGUUACGACAACCCGAUGUGCGCUGUGCAUGGACCGAAUAUUGCCUUCCCCUAUAUGCCAACCAUCAUGAACUGGCCAAGCAAAUUAAUGGCUAUCAUUUCCAAGAUGUCGGAUCCCGAUGAUAAAGUUCGCAUUGCUGUAUGCAGAGUUUUUAGCCAAUUGGAAUAUGAAUGCGCUUCGAAACUUGUGGGAAAAGAGUUGUUCGUGGAACUAGCCAAGCGUUGCCGCGAUCGUAAACAUGGCGUCAGACAAGAAGCAAUUAAAGCAUUGGCUCGACUGUAUAAUCUGGCUUAUGCAGAGAUUGUUGACCGUGACGCGAAUGCGGUCGAAAAAUUUGGGUGGAUACCCUCUGAAAUACUGAAUACCUUAUACACCAAUGACAAUGAUAUAAUGUAUUUAAUAGUAAUCGUUGCUUCUUAUUGUGAUGAUCGAUUAAAGAUUGAUUCGGAUCAAUUAUCCACCAUAAUUUUGCAGAAGAAGUUACCCGAUCCCUUGAAGUCGGCAAAUAAUUUAUCGUCGUUCCCUAAACUUCAGGAUAUCCGAUGUUGUAAGAUGAUAAGGGAUUGUAUGAAUCCACUUUCGAAUUACAGGACCGUCAAAAAAUCUGCUGAAGAGGCCCUUAAACGUAUAGGUCAGAAGGCUGCCUCGUCAUUAGAAACGUUCUCGAUACUUAUUCGACGGAUCAGCAUGACUAUAAUAAAUAGGGACUUGAUACCGUCUCUUUUGACAAAGAUUAAAUCGACCGAUUCAGAACAAGAUUCGGGUUCUAACGUUGCUCACGAGUUAUUUAAGGACGUUUCGUCGCGAUUUCCUUCCAUAUUCAAACCACAUCUUGAUGAACUGAUAAAAUCAAUUUCGGAAAACGAGAACGAGAAUCCGCUGAUAGUUGAUGACAGUUUACAAGCACUCUCAAAAUUGUCCACUGCUUUUCCUGACGAGAUACCGCAUGAUCGAGUAUCCAUACGGCGUUUCACGAAAUAUGCACUUGAAGGGAAUCCUCGACAAGCCAAAUUUUCAGCUACGAUAUUGACCCAUAUUCUUCACAGGGAGGAAAUAUGUGGCGAUUUACUAAAAGAAAUUGUUCCGAAACUCUCCGUCGCGUCGCAACACCUUUUAGCUCAUCUUUCGGCUCUUGGUCAAUGCGCUCUUUUUUCUCUAGAAUCGUUCGGGGAAGAAAGCGAGGCCAUCACUAAUUUCAUAAUUAAGCAACUUAUCAUGAAAACUCGGCACAGGACAACCACAGCUUCUGAUAUUGAUUGGGUAGAUGACGAUGAACUAGGUGACGAGUGCAAGGCGAAGGUAUUGGGCCUGAAAGUUCUCGUCAAUCGUCUGAUCGCUGUCCGUAAAACGGAGGCAGCUGUGGAUUUGGCAAAACCAGUCUUCAAACUGCUCUGGACUUUGAUUAGGGAAGGUGGUGAGCUCCUUCCGGAUAAAUCCACCAGGUAUAUCGACUUUUUCUUGGACACUAUAGCUAACUCAGAAAACGUUUCAUUCCUGUUAUAUAUCUCCGGACGAUUGAAACAAGUCCGCGAUGCGCAGUCUUUGGAUCAGAGCGAGAAUUUAUAUGCGUUAAGCGAUAUAGCCCAAUAUCUUAUACGGGCCAAGAGCAAGGCCAAUUCCUGGUCGUUACCUGCAUACCCGGGACAAGCGAAGUUACCCGGUGAUUUAUUUAAAAGCCUUCCUAGUCCUGAAGUAAUGAAAAGAAAUUAUAUCCCGAACGAAUUUCUUAAAGAACUCGAAAAAACUCAUUCCUCGGCGCAAAAUAAAAGCGAAAAAUCCAAAAUAAACAAAAAAUCUCGCAAAAAGACUUCCAAUCAGUCGCCACCAAAAAGGCGUAGAACUUCAUUAGAAACGCCACAGCCGGCCACCAGAAAGGCUGCAAAAUCAAAAAUUCUGUCGAUGGCAGAUAGCGCAGAUAGAUCCUCUGAUGAUCAAGAGGAUGACGAAUCAGAUGAAAUGGACGAAUCAUCUUAA